UCAUUUGAACCGAAAUCCAUAGUUCAACGAUAACCACCUUUAUCGACUCAUAAGCUUGUUUUGUCGAUACAUAUUUAUGUACCAGGAAUGUACACAAACACUUUACUAAAUUAUUGUACUACGUUAUUAAUUUAUUUAGUGAUUGAUGGUUCGUACUAAUAUUUAAUUAAUAAGUAACAAUAUGUUCAAACACGUACAAGGCUUUGUAAAGAGUGGGUGUAUAAUUUAAAUGUUCUACAUUGUCUUCUCACCAUCACUUUGUUGUUAACGAAACGAUGGAGAAUAAGGUGCAUAAUGUGGUGGACUCUUUAAGACCAUUACUUAUAACUGAGAAUCUAUUCGGAAUAUUUCGAUUUAGCUCCGCAAAUGGAACAUUGACAGCACCACCAAGAGUGACUAAACUCUACACUAUAUGUGUGUUUUUUAUUACAAUAACAUCUUAUACAUAUCAGAUGGUAAAGCUUACUCAAACACCAUUUACAUGGAAUGGAGUGAAGUUUGAAUUUUUAAACGCCACCCCCUCUAUAUUUAUGACAAGUCAGUUUAUUACUUCUUUAAUUGUUCCGUUUCUAUUUUCAAAACAAAAUAUUAUAUUCAUAAAAACCAUAUCUGAAAUUGAUUCUUUACUGGGUAUUUAUGAAGAGUUUUAUUCUAAAUGUAAACGUAAAACUAUCAUUAAAAUCUCUACGCUUGUCAUUUCUUUUAGCUUAAGUACAACGUACGAGCUUUAUGUCAACCAAGAGAUGUCAAUUAUGAUCUUGUGCAUGACAGUCAUUGCGUUUGGGCAGAAGUUACAAGUGGUAUUCUUCUCCAUCUACAUUAAUAUGAUAACAGAGAGAAUAAAUGUAUUGAAUAAUCAUUUACGAAAUUUCACCCCUAACGAAAACGGCAUAGUUAUAAAGAAGACUUCAGAAUUGUAUUACAUUGGUUGUAAAGUUGAAAACUUGUCAAUAAAAUCAUUAUCCAUCGCUUACAGUUUGAUGUCGAAUAUGAUAGUAACGAUUAACAAAAUUUUCGAAAUCAACAUUUUCCAAACGCUGAUUUCAACAUUUUUUUACGUAAUCAUUGCUUUAUGGACAUAUAUUUAUUACUAUCGAAUGUUAAAGGAUUCGACAUUUUUCGUAAGUAACCUAAUUUGGUGUAUUGGCGAACUAUUUUUUCUUGCCCUCAUAUGCUACGUCUGCGAGAAAGUUCUCACCAAACGAAAUGAGACAAAGGUUCUUGUAAAUGAAAUUGUUAUGAAUUACAACUUCUCUGGCAACGCUAGGGGCCAAGCUAAAACCUUACUUGAAGUAGCGAGUGCUUGUAAUUGGAAUAUAAUCACUUAUGGAAUGUUUGAAAUGAACAUUAGGCUCUUACUUAAGUUUGUUGGUGUUGCCACUACUUAUUUAAUAUUUCUUUGCCAAGUGUCGCAUUUUGUUUAGUAUUUUAGAUAUAAAAUAUGUUCUUUCUGGUUAGUAAGUAAUGUCGUAUAAUUAAGUCAUAGUAAGACUUAAAUUCCUAAUUUCUGCUGCUUCUUGCUUUUACUGAGUAGCUUAAUCAUUGAUCUUUACAUGUACUUACUUAUUAUAUAUGGACAACUUGUAUUACUAACAUAUUAUUCGUAUAUACAUUUGUUAAGUUACAUGCGUGUGUAUUAUGUAAUUGUAGCACAUUUUGGCUUGAAAUUGGUAAUUAAAUGUAUUGAACCAUAA